AGGUGGUGUUUAAAACGUGCCUGAACCCUCACUGGGGCACAAACAGCACUGGAGCCUCUGCAGAACCGCUGCAGAACCACAGAGCCAGAUCUUCAGAUUCAGCCUCUGCUCAGAGGCCAACUUCAUCCACACCUAUCACAGGAACCAAUAGCUGAAGAAUGGCAGGUCUGAGGAGAUCCUCCUUCUCUCACAUGUUCACAGGAUGUUUGCUGACUACAGCGAUAUUUGCAGAGUUCCUCCUGGCCGUCCCACUGGCCCAGCCCUCCAGGGAACAUGAUACAGAGAAGAUCCAUGCCGAGAUCUCCUCCAAGAGACUCAGCCGUAACCGGAGGAACAUCAGCUGGUACAAACAACACUCUGACUUCUGGAACUGGUACAAGUUUUUCACCGACACGGGCAACCAGCAGGGAGUUGCAGAUCUGGACCGUGUGUAUCUGGCCUACCUGCAGAACAAGAACCGUGCUGAAUCCCAGCGCUCCUACAAGGUCUAUCUUCAGCAUCUGGGUGAGAUCUACAAGUCCUGCUCUGAGUCUGACGACCCAAACUGUGUGGCCUCAUACUUCAGCAGGUCCAAGCCCAAGGCUGAGCCCCAGAGACCAGCAGAGGUUAAGUCCUGUGAUCCUUUCCGGGAUCCUCAAUGUCUCUAUGCUCUGGGAUACUCCGCUUAUCCGUAUGUGGCCUCUGUAAAGUCUCCAGCUCCUCCUCCUGCUCCUGCUCCUGCUCCAGUUAAAACUCCGGCCUACAUCCGAACCCCUGUGGUGAAGGACCCAAGUUCUGGUCAGUACUAUUAUGCCCCCGUAGCCCAGUCCUUCCUGUCUGCUGAGCAGAAAGCUGAGCUGCUGCGAAUUUGUGGUGCUGAAGAUGUCGAGUGUCUGCAGUUCCACUUCCGUGGUGCUUACGGCUACAAACCCGCCGGAGUCCCCGCUCCAUCCUACGCCCAUCUAGGCUCCUCCACACAGAAGGUGCAGAAAGCUCCAGCUGGCUUGUACCUUCACUAUCCCAACUGCGAUCCCCGUGUUGACCCGUAUUGUGCCUACGGUGCAGUAGCGGCGUCUCAGAAAUCAGACGCACCAUCUUCUCCGGCAUCCCUUGAGAGAUGUAACCCUCUGUAUGAAGAAAACUGCAACCCGCUGACAUCCACCAGGUAUGGGGUCGUAGCCCCUCAUGCAGAGGAUCCCAAAGAUGAUCCAGCUUCUGUUGCAGGCCCUAUCCAGGAGCUCCAAAACCCCCGUUACGAUCCCUAUGCCAUGUUCCAGGAUGCUACUCCUUCUUCUGCCAUGCGCAGAUUUCCAUCUGGUCCACGCCAAAUUCCACAACACCCUCAACCACCCACGAUGGAGGAGAACUCCCAAUCAUUUGGACCUCCAGGAAAGACCAAGGAGGGCUAUGAUUGCUUUAUUGGCUACGAUGAAGAGUGCUACCCAGUUGGAACCCAGAAUGUCCCCAGUACAGUCCCACAAAGGCAGCUUCCACAUUCGAUGGACAGUUACGAGCCACACCUGAACACAGAUGGCACCAGAAAGGGCGUGAUUGAACCCGAUCCUCACUGCGACCCCGAAUAUGACAGAAAUUGCCGUCUGCAGCGCUACGAGCCUGAAGCUGAAGAACCAGAGAUGCACAAUUCCCCCAAGGAGGAACAUGACCAUCAGGAACACAGAGAGGAACCGGUUCACCAUGAGGAACAGAGGGAGGAGGUCUACCCCGAACAGCAGCCAGACAACCAGGGCUACGAGCAGCAGCAGUACGACCGCUACAUGAGUGGCCAGGAGGAUCCCUACGCCUCUUACGAUCAACCAAAUCAAGGUUCCUUCAACUUCCAGGACAUCCUGAAGGCAUAUGCAAGCCACUUCCCAAACCAGGAGCACCAGCGCGCCUACACUGGAGACUACAAGAAGAAGUAAGAAGCUGAAAGAAGCAGCGUAACGAAUGAUGAUGAGGGAAUCGGGACAAUGUGUGGGGCGUGAACGAUGUUCACUGAUUUAAAAAUUUCACAUCAGGUGUAAAAAUGUUUGAAUUAAAUGGAGCGUCUCUUCAGCUCCAUGGUGCGAGGUGCAGACGUGUGAAGGCACUUGUACAGGAUUUCAUUACUUUAGCUUAUGAAACUAGUUUGUUGCUUUAACUCCAUCUCAUGUCAGUAAUCAGUCGAAUUGAUUUAGAUGGUUUAGAGAAGAUUCCUGGUGCAACUUCUUGACUAAUGGAUCGUCUGAAAUCUUUUGGUAUCACUUGAUAUAUAAAUAAAAUAUGUUGAGUAUUAAAUUUUCCAGAGGUGGUAGAAUGCAAGUUUCUGAAUAUACAGCAACCUUUUUCUUUUUGUCCUUUUUUUUCUUUUUCUUUCUUCUUUGCUGAUGUCUGCCUAGAGGAAUAUUUAAUAUCUCUUCCAAAACGGUGCUUUUUCUUUCAUUU